UCUGCCAUGUUCAGAUGCUGCCAUUUUGGCUCAGGUUCUAUCGAAAAACCACAGUGUUGAAAGUUGAGUUCCAGUUCAGGCUCUACCACUUCCUGUGUGCUUGUACUUGAGGAUGAACUUCCCUAGUCCUAUCCACAACAGGAGUGGAUGUGAUGAGGUCAUCGGUCAACAUUUCCCGAGUUCCCUGUGGACGCAGCCGUGGUGUCAUUUUCUCUCAACCUGAGUGCUGGCAAGUAAGCUGCUGGCCAUCAACAGAUGCCCAUGAAGAUGUUGACAGUGAAGACGCUGGCCCUGUGCUUGGUUCUUGCUAAGUCAGCCUGGUCAGAGGAGCAGGAGAAGGUGGUACAUGGAGGUCCCUGUUUGAAGAACUCUCACCCUUUCCAGGCUGCCCUCUACACCUCGGGUCACUUGCUGUGUGGUGGGGUCCUCGUUGGCUCACAGUGGGUGCUGACAGCCGCCCACUGCAAAAAACCGAAUCUGGAGGUGCGCUUGGGAAAACACAAUCUACGGCAAACAGAGACUUUCCAAAGGCAAGUCUCUGUGGACAGGACUAUUGUCCAUCCCCGCUACAACUCAGAAACCCAUGACAAUGACAUCAUGAUGGUGCAUCUGAAAUAUCCAGUCAAAUUCUCUCAAAGGAUCCAGCCUCUGCCCUUGAAGAAAGACUGCUUUGAGGAGAAUCUCAACUGUCAGAUCCUGGGCUGGGGCAAGAUGGAAAACGGUGACUUCCCAGAUACCAUUCAGUGUGCUGAUGUCCAGCUGGUGUUCCGGGAGGAGUGUGAACGUGCCUACCCUGGCAAGAUCACCAGAAGCAUGAUAUGCGCAGGCGACAGGAAAGAAGGCAAUGAUUCCUGUCAGGGUGAUUCUGGAGGUCCCCUGGUAUGUGGAGGUCACCUCCGAGGGCUCGUAUCAUGGGGUGACAUGCCCUGUGGAUCAAAGGAGAAGCCGGGAGUUUACACCGAUGUCUGCACUCAUACCAGAUGGAUCCAAAACGUCAUCAGAAACAAGUGUCUGUGACAGGAGACAUCCAGUUCUCACCUACAACCCCCCUGACCCUAGCUAGCUCCAUAUUCUCUUUCCCUGAAACCCUACCCUGCUCUCAGAGCCUUCAGAUGUCCAACUCUGACUCUGGUACUUAAUAAAUGCAGUGACACAGAACACUGCUAAAUCUA